AUGACUCACUCAACUCCUUCUUCUUCUUCUUCUCCUUCUUCCUCCUCCUCCUCCUCUUCCUCUUCUUCUUCUUCUUCUUCUUCUUCUUCUUCUUCUUCUAUGGGCUGCCAUAUAGCUAUCUAUCUAUCACUGUUUAUCAUAUCUAUUUAUCUAUCUACCUAUUUCUGUUUAUCAUAUCUAUCUAUCUAUCUAUCUAUCUAUCUAUCUCGGUCUGUCAUAUCUUUAUAUCUAUCUAUCUCUGUUUAUCAUCCCUAUCUAUCUAUCUAUCUCGAUUUGUCAUGUCUAUCUAUCUACGAGCUCAUUUCUUUCUUUCUUUCCUUCUUUCUUUUUUCUUCUUUCCUUCUUUCUUUUUUCUUCUUUCCACACUUUCUUUCCUUCUUAUCAAUGGUCUACUCUCUUUUUGGUUAUUUGAUGCAUUGCCUUCAUUUUCUCAUUAUUGUACCCUUACAGAUUUCUUUCUUUCUUUCCUUUCUUUCUUUCUUUCUUUCUUUCUUUCUUUCUUUCUUUCUUCUUCCCCUGUUGCUUUCUUUCUUUCUUUCUUCCUGUCUGCCUUUCUUUCUUUCUUUCUUUCUUUCUUUCUUUCUUUCUUUCUUUCUUUCUUCCUGUCUGCCUUUCUUUCUUUCUUUCUUCCUGUCUGUCUGUCUUUCUUUCUUUCUUUUCUCCUACUCUCAUUUUGGCUUAUCUGAUGCAUUGCUUUCUUUCCUUCUUUCUUGUACCCUUACAGAUUUCUCUGUUUCUUUCUUUCUUUCUUUCUUUCUUUCUUUCUUUCUUUCUUUCUUUCUUUCUUUCUUUCUCCUUAUUCUUUCUUUCUUUCUUUCUUUCUUUCUUUCUUUCUUUUCUUUCUUAUAUCUUUCUUUCUUUCUUUCUUUUCUUUUACUCUCAUUUUGGCUUAUCUGA